AAGAAGCGACGAGAAAUGUUUAUGCCAAUAUGGACGAAUGAUCGGAGGAAGACGAAGGUAGGAAGACGCUCAUGGAUUUCUUUGAGGCCUGCAAAGUGUUUUUCAGAUCAGACAGUGGUCCGCCUCGCUGGUUCUCUCCUUUGGAGUGCGGUUGCAGGGCUCCGGAUUCACCCCUGCUUCUCUUUUCGCGAGGAUCUUUGACAUUUAGUGCUUGCUUGCAUAUUCCAGUCAAGGAGGACAGGACAUCUUUUACAGGCCUUGAAAGCACAAUUAGGUCAGAGUACUCCAGGUCACCAAAUAGACCAAUAUAUCUUGUUGGGGAAUCCCAUGGAGGAUGCCUUGCCUUAGCUGUUACAUACCGUAACCCAGGUAUAAAUGGUGUAACCAAACUGCUCGGCCUUCACUAGAUUUAUAUCUCUCUUUGCGAAAAUGCUUUACUUGCCUUUGUACCGAGCCAAAAUGGCUGUCAUUGUAGAUGACAUUCAGUUGGUCCCUUGUAAUUUUUAGUCCUUUUGAUCAUAUGUAAUUCAUUAUUCAUGGUUUCAAUAUUUGUAUUCACAGCUGCAUCUUUUGGCAAGCCACAACUGAAACCUCUUCUUCCUUUACUACAUAGCAUUCCAGAUGAAUUAUUUCUUUUGGUAAACAAUUCCAUGUUAAACUUUAACCACAGAUUUGCUCCCUUGAUCUUCAACUUCUGUUUUCUUGGCUGUUAUUUGCAUCUUAAGAGAAAUAUGUCUUGAACAUUGGCGGCUAUGCUGUCUGGAUUGUCAAUCAUUUCUUUAGGUGACCAUUUGAGGAUGCUGAUGGAUAAUGUAGUGAAGGGCAUUCCUCUGGGACAUCUGUUGUUGGAAACCUGUCACAGGAUAUUGUUGCUGCAUCAUCUAACCUCUCUGUAAAUGCAAAUCAGCAUAUAUACCUUGUAGGAUGUGUUUUAGAGUGCAUUAUAAAUCUUUCUUUAGUUC